UAAAAUUAGUAAGACACGAGUUAUACUUCCACAUAAUCUACAUUCAUUUGAGAAAUGCACAAAAUUUUCCGUUUUUUUUUGUAUUUAACUAAAUUUUCAUUUUUUGUGCCAUUUGGCAAAACUACCCGGUAAGUGUGACCACAUCUUCAUAGCAAACAGCUGAUUUUUAGUUGCAAGAGAAAUUGGGUAAACAGCAGCAAACCGUAGAACCUAUUAAUACGCCGGUGUGUUUCUUUGGAAAUAUAUAUAAUACUAGAUCGUCUUACUAUAACCAUGGCAAAUAUCCAAUUGAUAGGCACUGUAAAGCGAACAGUACUAGUCCGACUGCGAAGAAUAUGCUGCCCACCCAAUACUGUUUAGUGAAGAAUUCGUUUGCUUUGUCCCUGAAAGAAAGCUAGGAUAAAAGAAAUCGCCAAAGACCUGACAUACUUACAAUGCAUGAAUGAAAUACCAUUGAACCGCCGAUAGAAUCAGAAGGACGGCUGUCAGGAACCAACACUUACAACAUCUCACAACAUCUGUGACUUUCCUCUGCGAAUUGCUGCUCGUGCAUUUUAAUUUGUUAAAAUGUUGGGCGAUGACGAUGAACUAAACAUAUACGGCGACUUGGACGACUUCCAAAAUGCCGAGGAAAAGAAAUCAAAGGAACUGCAGGCCUGGGAGAACAAAUGCAAAAGCGCGCAGGCCGAAAUCGAGUGCCUUAAGGUGGAAAAUAAGACGCUCAACAAGAAGAUCAAAGCUAUGGAGGUCAAUCUACAGAACCUCAUGGACACUGCUAAAUCGGAAAUAAAACGGAAGGAGUCUAUGAUUACGCAGCUGCGCAAGGAGAAAGACGACAUAUGCUUCAGGCGGAAGCGCGGGCGAGCUGAUGAGGAUCCCAAGGAUACAGGUCACGAGUACAAGCGACCCAAACUGUCGGAACCUGUGAGCAACAAGCUUAAAACUGUGGUCGGCAAUGAUUUCAAGAAUACAGACCACGAGAAUCAACGGCCCAGGCUGACAGAGCCCGUGACCAACAGAUUCAAAACUGUGGUCGGCACUGAGUCCAAGAAUACAGAGCACAAAAGACCGAAACAACUGGUAGAACCUGUGGCCAACAAAUUGAAGACUGAUUCCAAGGAUCCAAAGAGGCAUAAGCUGGAGGACUCUGUGUACAAAUUGGCGGACACUGUGACCAACAAAUUCAAAAAUGAGCCCAACAAAAUUGAACAAAUUCAUCACCAAAAGAGCUUAACAGGUGGAGAGUCCAAGUCGCAUGACAACAAGGAUAGCAAGCGUAAAUUUCGCAGCAGAUCUCCCAAAGGGGAACGCCACAGGAGCUCUGACACCCGAUUAAAAGAACGUGAACGACGCCGCAGUCGCAGUCGUAGCGCCAAACGCUGCCACAGACAUGAGCACCAUGGGAGCCGCCACAGCAAGGAUCGCUCAAGCAAACGCCGAAGUGUUUCGCGCUCCCCUAACCGCACAGCAUCCACAAAGCCCAGUGCUCGGCAGCCGGAUAACGAUCGCUCCAAAAGAACACAGAAAGAUGCCACAGUGACGACCCUCUUCGGCGAGGAGACAAACGACCAAGUUCUAGCCAGUCCCAACCAUGAAAUUAUUAAGAAAAUGCAAGCCAAUAUAUCCCCAGCAACGCCAGUAAUGCUUUACACACCAGAAAACAAAUUGCAGGCAAUCGCCGAGGACAAGCCCGCUAAAAAUGAAGACAUAACUGUCGCUGUUGUUGAAGGGUACUUCCAGGUGAAUCCUCUAGCCAAAGGCUGCAGUCUGCCAUUGUCACAAGUUGCACAAGGGACCCUGGAGAAAGCUGAACCAACAGAUGGAGUGUUUUCGUGGGCCAGCAGUUUAGAUAAACUGCAAAUACCCGGAUUAGAUAUGAUUUGCGAGCAGCAUUCUCCUAUAAAGAAUGAUAUAAAGUUGACAGAGGAACAGCCUGAAGAUUUGGAUACUCCCAAAAUAGAUUCAAUAGACGAUUGUAUCGUUGAUCAUACGGAGGAAGUGAUUACUCGUCCAAUAGAGGACUGUAAGCCGGCAAAGGCGACAAAGGAAAUGGAGAAGACGAAUGAAAAUCAACACAUUGCAGAAGUUCCCGACAAAAACCAAGAGAGUCGCCUGGAAGCAGAAUCCAUACCCGAAGCUUCAGGCAAAGACGAAGAGAGACCAAUGGACAUCGAAACACUUGGCAUCAAUUCUACACCCAAAACGGAAUUAAUCUGCGAAACUCACAGCAAGGACGGAGAUAAUUCAAUGGAUAUCGCAACCCCCAGCAUAAAUCUUACACCCGAAUCUGAAGAAAGGGAAAAAACUCUCAGUACUAUGUCAGUGCCACCAAGUGCUGAAGUAAUGGAAGAUGCCGUUGAAGAAGCAACAGGAGAAGUGACUCAUAAUCCGCCAGCACUGGAAGACUUUAAGACCCCCGCCAAAUCCAUGAAUGAGCCUUUAGGUGAUGAUUGCCCCAUUCAGGUUACCGAAGCCAUCGAAAUAAUUGAGAUUAUACGAUUGCCAGUGAUAGCGGAUAUUGAGCAUAUUGCGUUAACCGUCGAUGUUCCAUACGAUUCAUCAGAAAUGAAUACAGAUGUUAGCUCAAAGACGCCAGAUUUAGAUAUCGUUGAUAGUAAGAAUGAAAACGAAGAGCUUCCCAAGAAAGAAAGACGUGUAUCGGUUAAGAUUGUUAAAGAUAUGGAGAUUGAGAAAGAAACUGUUAUACAUGAGAUGACGGCUGGCGGAUUAGAGGACGACUGUCCUCCAAUUGAGACUACUGUAAUAGCAGAUCCUGAAUCAGAGAAAGAUAUUCCUGAAAUUGAGAAUUCUGUAAAUGCAACUGUUGUGAUUGAGACUCCUGUAAGUGCAACUGCUGCAGUUGAGACAUCACUUUUACCUGAAACUCCUGCGAUUGAGACAAAUGUAAGUGCAACUCACGGAUCAGAGAAUGGUACUCCUGAAGUUAAGGCACCUGUGAUUGAGACGACAGUUACUAAGUCAAAGCAUGAGACUCCAGCCAUUGAGGAUCCUCCUGCGACUGAGACUCCUGUUAAGGAAACUCUUGUUACUGAUUUUCCUAUCAUUAAGACUCCUGUAGCUGUAGUUUAUGAAACCAACAAUGAGACUCCUGUUGUGGAGACUUCUGCUAUGGAGACCCCUGAGGCUCCUGUAUCUGUACUUUACGAACCAAAGAAUGAACCUCCUGUAAUUAGGACAGCUGCAGUUCAAUCGACUGGGAUUGAGAUUCCUAUACUACCACCUCACGGAUCUAUACACGAUUCUCUUAUUGUGGCAGCCACUUCCAAGCCUUCCAACAUUUUGUAUGCUCAGCCAGAUUCAACAAGGACCGACAACAGUGAAGAUAUGGUUCUGGAGGCGGCCAUGAAUGAGUUGACCGGAGAGCAGGAGCCAGUGACGAGUGCCCACAAUACGAGCUAUCCGAACCUCACACUCGCAGAGGACACCAUUGAAUUGGCAUUACAGCAAUUGCAUCAGACAUCGCCGGACGAGACAAAAGUCACUUCAACCUCCAACAAAGCCCAAAAGUCGCCCCAAAAGGAUUUGCUUCAAAUGCUUAGCGAGUCUCCCCUUCAGUUAAGUCCAGCCAGGUCCACGACUAAGGGCAUAAAAACCACGCCAAUGAAGACACCAGAUAAACUGAGAGUCGAGAAGACUCCGCUCAAAAAACGCAAAAUCCACUUGCUCGAGGAUAUGCAGACGGACGAAGUAGUUGUUCCGCAGACACCACCACCGUACCAGCCGCCGGUUGCUCUCGGAAACGAGGCAUCUCUGACCCUCCAAAAUGUGACCAUUGAUGAAACGCUAGACGAGAGUUUCAAUCGUAGCUUCGGCAGUGAUACCUCGGUGGUGACGAAACGCUGCUCCAUGGGCUCCACGGACUAUCAAUUUGAGCGAAUCAACGACGAGAUCGUGCUGCGUGUAUCGCGACGCAGGCGACGACCGCGCCCAUCCCCUGCACCACUAGAUGAUGGUGAAAAAAGUGCUGGAACCUAA